AUGCAUAAUUAUUAUAAUCUUGGUUCUUAUAGACGGACGGUGAACUCGAGCAGCGAAGAAGCUCGGGAAUGGGUUAAUCGCGGUUUGAUCUGGAGUUACGCGUUCAAUCAUGAAGAGUCUGUCAAAUGCUUCGAAAACGCUCUCGCUUGCGACAGCAACUGUGUCUUAGCUUAUUGGGGCCUAGCCUAUGCCUUGGGUCCGAAUUAUAAUAAGCCUUGGGACUUCUUCGAUGCAACUGAAUUGGAAAAUGUCAUGCGACGAACCCAUGGCGUGGUUCAGCAGGCUAGGGAAAGGUCGGACAAUGCACUGCCCCUUGAGAAAGCACUUGUUGAGGCGCUGAGAUUCCGCUAUCCACAAGAGCACGUGGGGGAUAAGAAAUGGUCGAUAUGGAAUCAAGAAUAUGCCGAUGCGAUGGGAAGAGUUUACAAAGAGUUCCCAGAUGACCUGGAUAUAGCUACUUUAUAUGUGGAUGCGUUGAUGAACUUAACUCCGUGGCAACUCUGGGAUCUCACUACCGGAAAACCAGCAUCAGGGGCUCACACAUUGGAGUCCAGGGUUAUCCUAGAGCGUUCGAUGGCUCAAGACGGUGGAUCUCAGCACCCGGGUCUGCUUCAUCUCUAUAUACAUCUUAUGGAGAUGUCUACAACCCCCGAGGUAGCAUUGGACGCAGCGAACGCGCUUCGAGAUCUUGUUCCUGAUGCUGGUCAUCUCGAUCAUAUGCCAUCGCAUAUCGACGUUAUACUCGGUGACUACCAGAGCGCUAUCGAAUCAAAUCAAAAGGCCAUUAUCGCUGAUGAUCUCUUCUUUGCGAGAGAAAAUCCCUUGAAAUUCUAUACCCUCUACCGGAUGCACGACCUUCAUUUCCGCAUCUACGCCGGCAUGUUCGCGGGGCAGUUGAAGACCACACUCGAUACCGUAGCCCGUCUCGAACAGACUCUACCAGAGGAACUUCUACGCGUCGAGUCACCACCUAUGGCAGACUGGCUAGAGGGUUUCCUCGGUAUGCGUGUACACGCUUUUAUUCGGUUCGGCCGGUGGCAGGAGAUCAUCGACCUACCGUUUUACGAAGACGGCAAGCUCUACUGCACAACAAAUGCCCUGAACCACUACGCUAAGGGGAUAGCACUAGCUGCUACGGGCAAGGUUGAAGAGGCAUCCAAGCAACGCGAGCUGUUUGCCGAAGCUGCGAAGAGGGUUCCGGAGUCACGAAUGGUGUUUAACAAUAGAUGUGUUGAUAGCUUGAAGGUCGGAGAAGCCAUGCUAGACGGCGAGCUAGAAUACCGGAGGGGUAACUAUGACUUAGCCUAUUCACAUUUACGUGUGGCAAUUGAGCGAAGCUAUGCCCUCCCUUUCGACGAACCGUGGGGUUGGAUGCAGCCGCCGAGCCAUGCGUACGGGGCAUUACUAAUGGAACAAGGCCAUUUUGAUAAGGCUGUCGAAGUUUACGCCGAGGAUCUCGGAAUCGACGGCAAGCUCCCCCGCGCAUUACAGCACCCGAAUAACGUUUGGUCUUUACAUGGCUAUCACGAAUGCCUAGGAAAGCUAGGACGCAUUGACGAAGCUAGGGCUAUAAAACCACAGUUAGAUGCGGCAAUAGCUAACGCCGAUGUGCCUAUCAAAGCAUCUUGCUUCUGUCGCACCAGCGUAUUUUAA